AUGGCGUCUGUACCCCAGCCCUGCCCGGACUGGGAGCGUCUCAAUGCCAAAUCAUGGGAGCUACCUAACUACGGCCCCGGCCCAGAUUUUGGCCGGGGAACCAUCUACCGCCAAGAAGAAGAUGAGUACGCGGAAAAUACAGGUCGUGAUUCCGACGAUUUUGAUUUCGAUGACGAGGGUCCUCUUGAGAAUGUGAAGUAUGACCGCCCCCCCCUGGACGAUUCGGCGCACCCGACAAGUUCAACAGCGCCCGUAAUUGGCCCUAUUCCAAGUGUACCUCCUGUGCCCAAGCAAUCACCAAUUCCAAGUCAAAGUCUCUUUCAAAUUGGACCUAGACCAGGUCGAGCUCAGGCACCAGAGGGACCAAUCUUCAAUGACCGUGGGCUAAAUACCAGCAGUUCCACUACGUUCGACCGACCGAAUCAUUCGACGCGUAAUGUCGGACCGGGUCAAAGUAAUCAAACAAACGCAAAGUUCCUUCAGGUCCUUCGCAACACAGAGGCAAGAAUCGAUCUAACCCGCCAGGCCAAAAUGACUCUUAUUCCAAGGCAAGGUGGCGCAAGGGUCUUCCUCCGGAUGCUUCUUAUCGUUUGCCUUACGAGUGUCAAGUUUUUCAAGAAAAGUGAGUAUAUGAAGCUUUACGGAGAAGCUUCCAACACCGACUUCCGCCAGAGAAUUAUCGAGGACACAGGUGCCUAUGUGAGGAUUAGCGCGGAAAAUGCAAAGCUCGUUCACAUCUGGGGCCGGGAAGAACAGGUUUUGGGGGCCCAGAAUAUGCUUCAGGAUAUGUUGAGUCGCUUGAUGCGGCAGCGAACUCUGUCUAAAGUAUCGCGUUGGUCUAAGGUACACGCGCAUUCGAAUACGAAAGUUGCCUAUGCCCUGUCGCGGGCAAACCAGGAGGAAAGACUGACUGAGAUGCGAAAGCCGCCGGAAACUGCUAUGAGCUACACGCUUGCUUUCCUCUGGCCCGCUGAUGGCCCGUCGUUGAACUACCUUUUCACUGCCCGACGCGAGCUCCUCGAUUACCUUCGCUUGAAAUACACCGCAUAUAUCUACAUCAGACCUGGUAUCCAGGACUGCCUUUUCAUAUCUGGAAACCGGGAGCGGGAUAUGUGCAUCAUUGCAUCUCGAUUCCGAGAGCUGUGGGAGAGGCUAAUGGUCCAGCAAAAGACGGACAUCAAGUUGUUCCUUAUUGCAGCCCCCCGAGUGGAGCUUAUGAGAACCCACGUCAUUCUCCAAAAAUUGGGAGGGUUCUCAAUCCCUGCUCUCUGUGGACCGGAACUGGCCCCAGAUGUAGCCGCGACCUGGGGAACCACUGCGGAGGAGGUCAAGCGCAACAACAAGAUUACUGUCACUACACACCUUCGGAAAACACUGAAGUUAAUUCCUAAAUUUCGGGGAUUGCUGCAAAUGCGAGCAAAGUUCGGUUUGUUCGCACUGCAACGGUGGCGCAAGCCCAACGAUGGUACUUCUUAUCAGUUCUCGGAGUUUCGCGAGAUGCUUGCACAUGCGAACACCGAAGGACGUUUGCUCCCAGGGAUCCGGCUGCCGCAAGAUAAGAUCUUCCAGAGAAUCAUGAAAUCCAAAUUUCUUAAGCCCUGGGGGAAAGCACCGAUCACAUCCCUCCCGACGAUGAUGCCUAGAUAUUCCGCCAUCUUUGAGUACCAACCAAACGACGAUUUGAUGAUUCGCGUGGAAGCGAAAUUCUCUCUUCCUCUCGGCUCGCAGGAGUUUGAGGUUAACGGAAUCCGUUGUUACAAAGCAAAACAGAUUAGUGCCCCUGCUGAUCGUCAGAUGCCAUUGCAGAUCAGCAUGAUUGACCCUGAAAGGUCCGACUGGCAACUUGAAGUGAAGGCUCUUGAGCUCUGCCCCGACAAGGAGAUGCCCCCCGAUAUGGAAAAGUUCUUGCGUUCUAUUCGGUUCCAAUGGAACCCAACUGUAAAAAAUAUGGGAGCUGCCCCCCAGCGCAGGGCGAGGUUCUUGUAUGGCUCGCCAGUCAAGCGCUUCAUCGAAAAAGCCGCAAUUCAGCUCCAAGUGAUUGACUCGCCGCAUGUAUUCGAGCUCGCCCGCUUCGACGAGUACACGUACACGACUGGUCACUGGUGUCUCAAACCAAAAGUGUCCUGGGGGGUAUCGCUGUUCAAUCCUACUUGGGAUGAUAUCCUAGGUGAACAGGUUGAGGUCAAUGUUGAUGACAUUUCCAAAGAAGGCUGUCUAUCGGUGUUCUUUCCCCCUCCCGAGGGCGAAGAACAAGACAAUGACAAGGAGAAAACGGACGAGGAGAUCCGCAAGGAGACUGAAACCCGAAAGAAGGCCGAGGAGGAGCAACUGGGCCAAUUCAUGAGCACUGUCCAGAAAGUUGCGCGGAUGCUAGGAAAUCCGGGCGGUGAACUCUCCGAUGUCCUUGAGACUGAGCUUGGAAGUCUUUUCUAG